AAAACAAAAGUCAAAAUGCAGGCCAAAGCUUGCCAUAAUAUUAUUAAUAUUCCUCCAAAACUUUUGCCACCGGCAAAACUGCCGUCCACGGUGGCGAUGAGCCAAUUAACAUUGCCGAGCCACGUGGCGCGAGCCAUAACGAUCACCACGUCCCCAACUCAUGAAGUUUACACACCAGAAAUUGAUGACACAAUUACUGCCUUUUGGGAUUAUCAGUUCCUUUUUGUGUCCCAACGUUCCGAAGCUACCGAACCCGUUUCACUUCGGGUGGUGGAGGGAUCCAUACCAUCCGAUUUCCCUUCGGGUACAUAUUACCUCACCGGGCCGGGCCUUUUCGCGGACGAUCACGGUUCAACAGUGCACCCUCUAGAUGGGCACGGCUACUUAAGGACAUUUGAAAUUGAUGGUAGUACGGGGCAAGUUAAGUUUAUGGCUAGGUACAUUGAGACGGAGGCUCAAGCAGAGGAGCGGGACCCGGUGAGUGGGAAGUGGAGGUUCACUCACCGGGGCCCGUUUUCGGUACUGAAAGGAGGGAAGAUGGUUGGUAAUACGAAAGUUAUGAAGAAUGUGGCGAAUACUAGUGUGUUGCAAUGGGGUGGUAGGUUGUUUUGUUUGUGGGAAGGUGGUGAUCCUUAUGAAAUUGAUUCUAAAACUUUGAAUACUCUUGGGAAAUUUGAACUAAUUAAGAACUCUGAUCAAGUAGAAGAUAAAAAAAUUAGUAAUAGUGAUUUUUUGGAUGUUGCUGCUCAAAUAUUGAAGCCUAUAUUAUAUGGGGUGUUCAAAAUGUCUCCAAAGAGAUUGUUGUCUCAUUACAAGAUUGAUACUCGUAGAAACAGACUUUUGAUCAUGUCAUGCAACGCAGAGGAUAUGUUGCUCCCUAGGAGUAAUUUUACAUUUUAUGAAUUUGAUUCCAAUUUCCAGCUACUACAAAGCCAAGAAUUCGAGAUCUCAGAUCACUUAAUGAUACAUGAUUGGGCUUUUACUGAUACUCACUAUAUAUUGUUUGGCAAUCGCAUCAAACUCGAUAUUCCUGGGUCAAUGACAGCAGUAUGUGGGCUUUCUCCAAUGAUAUCAGCACUAUCAGUAAAUCCAAGCAAACCAACAUCUCCAAUUUAUUUGCUGCCUAGAUUUCCUAAUAAACAAACUAAUAAUGUAGAAAGAGAUUGGAGAAAACCUAUAGAAGCUCCUUCACAAAUGUGGGUGUUACAUGUUGGAAAUGCCUUUGAAGAAAUUGAUGAACAAAAUGGAAAUCUAAACAUACAAAUUCAGGCUUCUGGUUGCUCUUACCAAUGGUUCAAUUUCCAAAAAAUGUUUGGCUAUGAUUGGCAAAGUGGUAAACUUGAUCCUUCCAUGAUGAAUGUAGAAGAGGGAGAAGAAAAGCUAUUGCCUCACUUAGUUCAGGUAUCUAUAAACUUAGAUACAAAAGGGAAUUGCACAAAAUGUUCAGUAAAUGAUCUAAAUCCUCAAUGGAACAAAGCAGCAGAUUUCCCAGCUAUGAAUCCAGAAUUUUCAGGCAGAAAAAAUACAUAUGUUUAUGCAGCAACAUCUACAGGUUCACGUCAAGCACUGCCACAUUUUCCUUUUGACACAGUUGUGAAAUUAAACGCGGUUGACAAAUCAGUCCAAAAGUGGUCAGCUGGUAGAAGAAGAUUCAUUGGUGAACCUGUUUUUAUUCCGAGAGGAACUAAAGAGGAUGAUGGAUACCUUCUUGUGGUUGAAUAUGCAGUGUCAACACAAAGGUGUUAUCUUGUAAUUUUGGAUGCACAAAAAAUAGGAGAGAAGAAUGAAGUAGUAGCAAGACUUGAAGUCCCAAGACAUUUGAAUUUCCCUCUUGGUUUUCAUGGCUUUUGGGCUCCUAGCAACUCUGGCCUAGCCAAUCUACAAAAAAUUGAAUCCAAGUGUAAAGAUUCUUGGUCAAUGAUGAAGGAUAACAUGGUUAAACUUGGACAGUGA